AUGUCCGAAAAGAUAUCUUCAGACGCGACCGACGCCGCUCACCAUGAGCACUCGGGCCUCGAUAUGAAGCCCGAGAAAGAGUUGACGGACGCGACUGCGCGCCGACAGUCAGUCGCGCUCAACAUUGUCGAGAACCCGCUGAGGCGGACUACUGAAGCACAGGCUGUCCUUAAUGCGCGCGCUUUCGCCGAAGAGCAUGGCAUGAGCGAGCACGCUGACGUCUUCGGACGAGCCGCUCUGGUUGCACGUGACCCAGAGAGAUUCGAGACGAUUACUGAGCUCACCGAAGAAGAGCGCGCCGCACUCAUUUACGAGAGAGACCACAAAUGGCACGGCCCUACUAUGUUGUGGUACUCGAUUGGCCUCUGUGCUAUAGGCGCCGCCACUCAAGGAUGGGAUCAGACCGGGUCAAACGGUGCCAACUUAGACUUUCCCGAGGAGUUCCACCUUGUUGGUACAUCACGCGGCGAAUGGAUCGUGGGUGUCAUUAAUGCCAUCAUCUUCCUGACUGCAGGUCUCAUCGGUGCGUUCAUUGUUGACCCGCUCAAUCACUAUUUUGGCCGAAGGGGCGAAAUCUUCAUCACGGCUGUUAUUCUUACUGUGACACCAAUCGGUUCGGCAUGCGCGCAAUCUUGGCAGGGACUGUUCGCCGCCCGUUUCAUCAUGGGUAUAGGUAUUGGAGCGAAGAAUGCUACGGUUCCGAUCUACUCGGCUGAAAUGGCUCCGGCUCGAACUCGAGGUGCCCUUGUCAUGUUUUGGCAACUUUGGGUGGUCGCUGGUAUAUUCUUGGGUUUCUGCGCAAAUGUCAUUGUUAAAGACACUGGCCAUAUUGCUUGGCGUCUUCAACUCGGCUCGGCAUUUAUCCCCUCUUUGGUUCUCGGUAUCGGAAUCUUCUUUUGCCCUGAGUCGCCUCGUUGGCUGAUGAAGCAUGGCCAGUUCGCCAAGGGAUAUCGGUCCAUGGCCAGACUGCGCGCUCAUCCGAUCAUUGCCGCAAGAGACUUUUACUACUCAUACGUCAUCUACAAGGAGGAGCUCGCCGUGGCUCGAGGUGCGGGCUACUUCAGCCGACUUUGGGAUUGUUUUGCAGUGCCUAGGAUCAGGCGAGCCAACUAUGGUGCCUCAACCGUCAUGCUUGCUCAACAAAUGUGUGGUAUCAACAAGUUAGUCAUCUCUUUCUACAGCUCAUCCAUCUUUACCGACGUUGGAUACACAAAGGAACAGGCCUUAUAUGCGUCUCUCGGCUAUGGCGCUAUCCAAGUCGUUGCUACCAUUCCCACUUUGUUCCUUAUCGAUACCAAAGGCCGGAGGACUCUGACUUUGGCGACCUUCCCUUUUAUGUGCUUAUUUCUUCUGGCUGGUGGUCUUUCCCUCCUCAAGACGGAUGGAAGUCGUGGUGAAAAGAUCGGACCAGUAGUACUUUUUAUCUACCUGUUCACCAUUGCCUAUUCGUUAGGCGAAGGGCCUGUAGCCUUCCAGUACUCUGCCGAGGUGUUCCCAACGAUCCAACGAGAGCAAGGAAUGGCAUGGGCGGUUUGCAUUAACAAUACUUUUGCUGGUAUCCUCAGUUUGACCUUCCCUCGAAUGAAGAGUGUCAUGACUGCCACUGGUGCUUUUGGAUUCUACGCCGGCCUCAAUCUCAUCGCUUGGUUCAUGAUCUUCUGUUUCGUCCGGGAAACCAAACAGCUGACACUGGAAGAGUUGGAUCAGGUCUUUUCAGUGCCAACGAAGACAUUCAUUGGCUAUGAACUGAAGAUCUGGCUUCCUUACUUCAUCAAGCGCCACAUUUUCCGACGAAAAAUUGAGAAGCCCCCGCCAAUCAUCGAAAGGCAAGAAACGGUUCAAAGGGCAUAG